AUGCCUUUCCGUUCCAAAGUCCAGCCUAUCAACAUCAAUGGUGUAGGGAUGAGACAAGCGCCGAGAUCUCGACUGAAGCGGCUUUUUGAACGUCCGUUCUCUCUGAAGAACUUAGCCGGUGUAGAUUCAUCGCUUUCUAGAGAAAAUUCCGAAGAAAUCGAACCGAGCUCGGUCUGUUUGAGGAGGAUGGUGCAGAACUAUAUCGAGGAUCCAGACAGUGAGAAACAAUCAAAGUGCAUUGUUCGUAACCGAUGCAACUGCUUCAGUGGAAGUGGUACUGAUAGCUCUGACGAGGACGACGAAGAAUCUUCUUCUUCUAGAAGAGUUCUUCGAAGCCUCAAGAGUCUUUUACUUUGUGCGAACGUAUCUGAGCGUGAUCUCGAGACGAAAACAACCGAGAUCGUUGAGAGAGAGGUUGAAGAUAAGUCCAGACUGAAAAAUGUUGUUGAUGAACUGGUGGCUUUAGGCUAUGAUGCAGCAAUAUGCAAAUCUCGCUGGGAGAAAUCGAAAACGAAAUCGUAUUGUGUUCCCGCUGGGGACUAUGAGUAUUUGGAUGUUAACAUUGGAGGAGAAAGAGUGCUCAUCGACUUUGAUUUCCAAUCGAAGUUCGAAAUUGCUAGAUCGAGUGAGACUUACGAGUCGAUAUCGAAGACAUUGCCUUACGUCUUUGUUGGACAAGUUGACAGGUUGACGAAGGUUGUGGUAUUUUUGUCUAAAGCCGCAAAGACGAGCUUUAGGAAGAAAGGGCUAUUUAUGCCACCAUGGAGGAGAGCAGAGUAUUUGUUAACCAAAUGGGUGUCUCAAUAUGAUCGUACUAAGCAAACUCAAGGAGAAACCAGUGGACAAGCUGGUGUUGUCCAUCCUUAA